UCUGGCUUGGCACACAACGUCAUCAUGGUAUCACAUGAGCACAUGGGCUGCCGACCGUUAGACAUACACUAUUUAUGGUUAAAUGAAUGUUAUGUCGAAUUGAAGCUUCGCGAUUCACGAGAUCCUAGGCAUUGGGCACAUUUUACGAGUUAAAUCAAAUCUGAAGAGUCACACCACUCGUCUCCCUUGCUAUCCAAACCUUGAGCGAACGUACCACAAGUGGUAACCGUACUGAUCGAAUCGAGAAAUAACAUCUAUAUCGUUUUUGCCGUUCCGGCAACUCAACCCUUCUGCAUAAAAGGAGAUACCCGCCAAUACAGUCUUAUCGACGUUGACACUUUCUCUGUCACCCACACAGCUAUCCAACUCCUCGAACCCCUCUCAUCUUCCAAAAAUGGCCAAGAAAACCGCCCUCCUGAUAAUCGACAUGCAAAACAUAUUCCUCCCGAUGACCACCACAAGCCUCCCCAACGUCAUCAAGCUUUCCAAUCACUUCUCCAGCCGACAAUACCUCCAACUCUUCACUCAGCACGGCCACCCGCCCUCAGACUUCGAACCCCCCAUUACCAACCAACUUGUCCUCAAAUGGGGCAAUUCCGGCUCCAUACACACAAACACGCCAGAAUGGGAACUCAUCCCCUCCAUCAAAAGUCUCGUGACUUCCCAGUCUCAGGUCUUGCCCAAGAACACAUACGACGGUUUCCUGGGUACGGGACUGGAGGAGAAGUUGAGAGCCGAGGGGAUCGAGAGGGUGAUCAUCUGUGGUGUCAUGACGGACUGCUGCUGCGACACUACAGGCCGGGGAGCAUUCAAUAGGGGAUUCGAGACGUGGAUGGUGAGUGAUGCGACGGGAAGUGCGAGUAAGAGCCAGCAUGAGAGGGGCCUCGCUGCUUGGGGGUUUGGGUACGGAGAGGUGUUGACUACAGCUGAAGUUAUCAAGAGGCUUUCGUAGAGGGCAAACCUCGUAGAUGGUGAUGGAAAUUGUGAGGAUGUUCGGAGGCUUCACGAUUGUGGUUUGCUCCUUUGUCUAGGAGAUGGAAGUAAUUGUUACUUGCUGCUUCUUGUGUGCUUUUCACAAAGGUAUGGUUGAUUGCUGUGCGCUUUACACCUAGAG